AUGAACGACCUCAUACCAGCGGCCCGAAUCGACGGACAGAUCCUGUUCGAAGGCUCGGACCUGUAUGACAACGAUGUGAACGCGACCGAGAUCCGCUCAAAGAUCGGCAUGGUGUUCCAACGUCCCAAUCCGUUCCCCAAGUCCAUCUACGACAACGUCGCUUUUGGUCUGAAGGUCAACGGCUUCCAAGGCGACAUGGACGAGGCCAUUGAGCGUUCCCUAAGACAGGCGGCACUUUGGGAAGAGGUCAAGGACCGACUCAGAAGCAGUGCACUCGAACUGUCGGGCGGACAGCAGCAGCGACUGUGCAUCGCCCGCGCGCUGGCGGUAGAGCCUGAGGUUAUCCUCAUGGACGAGCCGGCGUCCGCGUUGGACCCAAUCGCAACGCUAGCAAUCGAGGAGCUGGUCCGGGAGCUGAGCGAGCACUACACGAUAGUCAUCGUAACUCACAACAUGCAACAGGCCGCACGGGUGUCCCACGAGACAGCGUUCCUGAUGAUUGGUGAGGACAGGGCCGGCUACCUCGUCGAACAUGGAGACACCAACCAGAUCUUCACGACUCCCAAGCACGAGCGCACGGAGGCGUAUAUAACGGGCCGGUUCAGCUAG